AUGGCUUCCUCGACUUUCCCGGACGUGAAAAUCAACCCAGCACCGGACCCAUACCACUUCCCUGUCUGCGAGGACGCGAAGCGCCCGCGAGUCCUCCCCGAGCUCCUCAACCCUGACCGCGGGUUUCUUAUCGACAAGCUCAGCAAACUCGAGGUGCUGAAUGAGCUUAAAGUGAACGGGGAUACGUGGCCGGAUGUCGACAGCGUGACCUGGGCCCUGCUGUGGCUCGCUGAUGUGGAGCAGCUGGAGCGCUUCGUUAACGAUCCCGUCUAUUACUUUUCGAGGGUCCUUGUUCCGGCGAGGAAGAUCACGACGAUUCUGAAGUGGGCGAGCAGACUGGAGCCGCUGGAGGCAAUUGCACCGGCUGUUAUCGAGCGGUUAGAGAAUUUGGAUAUUGAGGACAAGGACAUGGAAGAUGUUGAGCCGAAGAAAGAGAGCGUGACGGAUCUGUGCAUCAAACGCGAUCCGUACUGCGCCAUCACCAACGCAGGGGAGCCCCUCGAAGUCGCCCGUAUCUGCCCAUCCAGCUUGAUGCUCUGGAGUCAAUCGGAACGUCACUUGGAGGACAACAAUUUCUGGGGAAUGCUGGAAUGCUUUUGGAACAAGAAGAGGGUCGAGUCGUGGAGAGAGGCUGUCGCGGGCCCGGAAGGGACAGAAGUGCUGAAGAACAUGCUCUGCUUGAGCUGUGACGCGGAAAGGCUCUGGCGCAUGGGGCGCUUUGCACUCCAGCCUCUGGAUCUUUCACAGGAUGGGAAGAUCCUCCGGAUGAGGUUCUUCUGGUUGCCUCGCGCACAGUACUCGAUAUCCAUUCCCAUGACUACGCUCCCUUCUGUGUCCUCCACCUUGGACCACGUUGGCAACAGCACUUUUCUCUACAAUUGCUUGACUGACAGAGCGGUUCGUUCUGGUGAUGAGAUUACGAUGUCGACGGCAGAUCCAGUUGCGCUUCCAUUGCCAUCGCUGCAGCUCCUCGAGAUGCAAUGGAUGUUGACGCGGGUACUGGGGUUGAGCGGGCUGGCUGAUGCCGAGGCGGACGAGUUCUUUGGCACCGAGAGGGUUCAGCGCCUGGGCUCGAAUGUGACCAUACUGCCUCCGAUCAACAGGCAGUGGUAA